GCCACAUGGCUGAUGCCAGCACGGGCGAACCUGCGCACCAAAGGAACAAGAAGGUCAACCAUUCUAACAGCGGCCGCAACGCCGCGGCGCACUACGCGCGCCGGUUCAACAUGGGCCUCGCCAUCGAUGCUCUUGCUGAAGAAAUUCCGUGGGAGGUCACCAGAUUCGACCGCGGGUUGAUGAAGUAUGUAGUGGAGACCGUCAAGGCUGGCUCCGGCUGCUCUGCGGUGCUGUGGUCGUUGGGUAAUGUUUUGCCGGGGGGGUUGUCUUCCANUAACAGCGGCCGCAACGCCGCGGCGCACUACGCGCGCCGGUUCAACAUGGGCCUCGCCAUCGAUGCUCUUGCUGAAGAAAUUCCGUGGGAGGUCACCAGAUUCGACCGCGGGUUGAUGAAGUAUGUAGUGGAGACCGUCAAGGCUGGCUCCGGCUGCUCUGCGGUGCUGUGGUCGUUGGGUAAUGUUUUGCCGGGGGGGUUGUCUUCCACCCCGACGGACGCUCGCGCCGCUAGUACCCCAACGGCUGCUCAACGUGCUGCUCAGUUCCCCGGCGCCGCAACCUGGACAAGCGUGCUGUGGGAGGCUGGGUCGCCUUGGGGCAACGACGCCAGCGGAGGCGGGUGGGAGUCCCGCAUUGCCACGGGCCCUCUUCGUCCCGAUGAAAAGACGUUGAUCGGGGCGUACAACACAUACUUCAGCUGCGGUCGUGCGGAUGGGGGUGCGUUAUGCGAAGAACCGCGCUGUGCCGACUGCUGGCUGAACUCGUCCACGCUCGACGACAAGGACAUCAUUUGCACGCGGUUCAAGCACGGCGCUCCUCUCCGGGCAGGUAGCGGCCUUGGCCGGUGGAAAGGGGACGAUGUCAGAGCGUCGACUCGAACGGCACCCGGUGGGGAUUGGUGGCUGGGCGAGGGAUGUGGAGAGGACGUGGAAUUCUUCAAGGAGCAGCCCUUCGACGACGAUGUACAUGAUGGACCCGCUCAGGCGUCGGGCCUUUCGUUGGCGCGCAUCCUCUACUUGUUGGAGCACAGAGGGAACACGCGCCAAGGAUCCCACGACCACCCGUUGACAUCGUGGGUGCUGGCGUUCGACUACGUCUCCGACGGUGUUGGGAACCAACGUAGUCCCGACCCUGUCACAUUGCACCCGGUCUUGGUCCUGCGAGGUAGACGGCGCCCGGUGGUGUUCCCUUCAGCCGAAAUCAGGCGGCAUGUGCACAUGUACCAUCGCUGUCCAGGGCCCGAGCAUCCGCCUGCCGAUCGUGAAUGGAUGUAUGGACCUGAACGAUGUGGUCGCAGCGGACGCCAAGUGUGGCGACACAAGUUCAGGCUGGCGUCGCCGGGGACGGGCCGUGCGACCGCUUUCUCUUGAAUGAAUACCACCACAGCAUCAACCGAGAGUCUUUCGUCUAGAACUCUAUCCCAGGUACAGCGGUAACCCUGCGGAGAGAGUGUGCGCUUUGCCACUGGAGAUCUACAUAUUCGAUGAGGUUGUUGGGGUAGACGAAAUAUUAAAUUGUUGCGGCGAAUUGGAAAGAGCUGUAGUCAUGUGCAUGCGCCGGAUACACGCGGACACACGCGGAGAGGAAGUGGAGUUUUCUUGAGCAUUUGGGAUGGAUGGAGUUGAUGGAGCGAUGGGGCGCCGGCGUGCAGCGUGUGGGAUGUGUGCGGGCGCUCGAGGGAGAGGGGGAGAGGGUUCGGCGGGACUGCGUGGUUGUUUCUGAAAUCCUUUCGCCGGCCUACAUGGGGUAGCACGGAUCAACUGGUUUUGGGUGAGCGGCCGAGUGCCGUUCUUUUUUUUUGCUGAACCUGAUGAAUGUACCCUGCUGUCUCACUUUAUGUAUGUAGCUCUCUUGGAAGAGCAUGUUAUGCGCGAGGGCAUUUUCCCGAUUUUUUUCUCACAAAACAGGUUAUUGUGACGUUUUUUCUCUCGAUGUCGACGUGGCCCGUGUGAAAAGUUCAAUCAUUUUUGCGCGCGGUAACAAUUAUAGUGGUAUAUAAAAGCAAGCAUCGCUCCCGCCGGCAGCCCCUCGGGGGUCGGUGGUAGUUUAAGCUUGUCCACCAGCGCCACCCACAGCGUCUCGUUUUUGACGUGCCGUCAGACGUGUACGCCUAUACAGAACGUGGUGUGGCGGUGUGUGUAAAUUCUGUUCGGCGAUACCACCCUUUAAUAAUGUGACGUUAGGGAGUGGCUGGAUACUCCCUUGCAUGGUAUGGUACCCUGAGAAGUCCAAGGACGACCACCUUACAUGGCGGACCCCGACCUUUUUAAGGACGAUCCUGGCCCUAGCAAGUCGGAACCCUCUCGCACAGACCAUAAGCCAACCGCGUACGGCCUCGUGUUAUGGGAUUUGAAUGUGUAGGAAAGUACAAACGGUAGUGCGGGCUAAUGCCCAGAGAAAAGUGCGGGAGAUGCAACUCCCCACGGAAGGACAAAACAAGGGACAGGAUCUAGUAGCCCCUGCUUUAGCAGCUGAUCCUGGCCCCAUCCUAGUCAGUCCUGUACCUUCCCUUGGCAACAGCUACUGCUGUUCCUCACGAGUUAAUAACAGGUACAUAAUUCUUCUUGCUGUCGGGCCAUUCGUGUCAACACUUCGCGUUUGAGGGGUGCUCACAUUUGACCCCACCGCAUGCCCGGUGUGUACUUUGUACGUAUCGAAAACGGUGUUUUGGUUUGGCCCAUGUACACAUGUAGCCGGCGGGGCAUAUAUUUGUUCGUCAUGAGAUACACGGCCGCGUGCCCCCAUCUCCUCACCAUAGAUAUAUAUAGAGAGGAGAAGGACGUUAUAGGUUAUUGUGACGUUUUUUCUCUCGAUGUCGACGUGGCCCGUGUGAAAAGUUCAAUCAUUUUUGCGCGCGGUAACAAUUAUAGUGGUAUAUAAAAGCAAGCAUCGCUCCCGCCGGCAGCCCCUCGGGGGUCGGUGGUAGUUUAAGCUUGUCCACCAGCGCCACCCACAGCGUCUCGUUUUUGACGUGCCGUCAGACGUGUACGCCUAUACAGAACGUGGUGUGGCGGUGUGUGUAAAUUCUGUUCGGCGAUACCACCCUUUAAUAAUGUGACGUUAGGGAGUGGCUGGAUACUCCCUUGCAUGGUAUGGUACCCUGAGAAGUCCAAGGACGACCACCUUACAUGGCGGACCCCGACCUUUUUAAGGACGAUCCUGGCCCUAGCAAGUCGGAACCCUCUCGCACAGACCAUAAGCCAACCGCGUACGGCCUCGUGUUAUGGGAUUUGAAUGUGUAGGAAAGUACAAACGGUAGUGCGGGCUAAUGCCCAGAGAAAAGUGCGGGAGAUGCAACUCCCCACGGAAGGACAAAACAAGGGACAGGAUCUAGUAGCCCCUGCUUUAGCAGCUGAUCCUGGCCCCAUCCUAGUCAGUCCUGUACCUUCCCUUGGCAACAGCUACUGCUGUUCCUCACGAGUUAAUAACAGGGUGUUCUCGCUCACUGGUGUCUCCACACAGUACCUCGGCUUUCGGGCCGACAGCCGACAAUUCCCAAUCAUCGCUGUUGCCGUCUUCGGAUGGCGCGAGUGCUGCUGACCCCAUCGUAGAAGCCACCCGUCUGUCAGAGCUUCGCGCUCAACGCCGACGGGAGGAGUUCGCCUGCACGGCUUCUACUGACGCUAAUCCCGUGGGUGCUGUGCUACUCAAAUUGCCAGCACCCACAACAGAAGCUUCGGCUUCCACCCCUGUCCUUUCGAGUACCCAGCCUUCUGUUUUUACAGCCGCUGGUGGUGUGCCCCAAGUUUUCCCGCCGGAACCACAUGUUGCUGAUUCCACUUUUCCCCUCACCUCCACCGCCGCUGAGCCUUCUGCUGUUCGGGCAGACAUUGGCUUUGACCAUACUGGCUCUGUAGUGCCACGCUUGCCUCAU